AAGCAAUCUGAUUGGUUAACGACACGCAUGCGUGCAUUCGUGUUGUUGUCAGUGGCGGCAAGAUGGCGACUCUCGGAGACGCAUCAGCCCCGGGGGUUAAUGGGUUAAUUCAACAGUUCACAGCCAUAACUGGAGCUACAGAGAGUGUAGGGAAGCAUAUGCUAGAAGCUUGCAACAACAACCUAGAGAUGGCAGUUACCAUGUUUUUGGAUGGAGGUGGGAUUGCGGAGGAACCCAGCACAAGCUCCAGUUCAGCUAUUGCCUCCAGCAGCAGGCAUCCACCGGCAGAAGAUGAUGUUCGAGCACCAAUUCCUCAGAAGCAAGAUAUUCUAGUGGAGCCCGAGCCGUUGUUUGGAGUACCAAAGAGGCGUAGACCAGCACGAUCAAUCUUUGACGGAUUUCGGGAUUUUCAGACUGAAACCAUCCGACAGGAGCAGGAGUUAAGAAACGGAAGUGCUAUGGACAAGAAGCUCAGCACUUUAGCCGAUCUUUUUCGCCCCCCUAUUGAACUCAUGCACAAAGGCAGCUUUGAGACGGCAAAAGACAGUGGUCAGCUUGAAAACAAAUGGUUGAUGAUCAACAUUCAAAACGUCCAGGAUUUUGCCUGCCAGUGCCUGAACAGAGACGUGUGGAGCAAUGAUGCUGUGAAAACCAUCAUCAGAGAACAUUUUAUAUUCUGGCAGGUCUACCAUGACAGUGAGGAAGGGCAGAGGUACAUUCAGUUUUACAAGCUUAACAAGUUCCCAUAUAUUUCUAUUCUGGACCCACGUACAGGACAAAAGAUGGUUGAGUGGAACCAGUUAGAUGUGACCUCAUUCCUGGAUCAGGUCACAGGCUUCCUGUCAGAGCAUGGCCAGCUGGAUGGGCAGUCCAGUCAACCUCCUGCCAAACGUGCCCGUUCUGAGAGUUUAAUAGACGCCAGUGAAGACAGUCAGUUAGAGGCAGCGAUCCGCGCCUCCCUUCAAGAAACGCACUACGAGUCUACCAAGGAAAAGGCAGAGUCACGCUCGGAUGACGAUUCUGAUGCAGAGCCUUUCUCUGACAGCGAGGGCCUGAUCUCGGUGGAUGGCUCAGAUAAUGAGAUUGGAGCGGAGGAGGAUUCUUUAGACGGACAUGUCUCCAAAGAGGUAUCCCCUUCCACAGCCCAACCCACCAGGCCGGAUAGCCCCGCCCAUCACAGGAAGUCCCCACACAAAGAGACGUGCUACAGGAAAGAGGAGAGCAAGAAGAACCACCUAGAGCCAACGGGUUUUAGUCACAGACAGACAGAGUCCCAGGAGAGACUUGGAGAGAACCACAGAUCCAUAUCAUAUCAUCCUUCAGAACCGACUGGCACCAGCACAGCAGACCCAGACGACAAUGGUCCAAAAGCCCGGUUAAUGCUGCGAUACCCAGAUGGCCAGAGGGAACAGAUAGCACUAUCUGCUAAAGCUAAGCUCAUGGCACUGGUAAGACAUGUCCAGUCGAAGGGGUUCCCCAAUGAACGCUUUGAACUUGUCACCAACUUCCCCCGUCGAAGACUCGCUCAUUUGGACUAUGACAUCACAUUGCAGGAAGCAGGAUUGUGUCCGCAAGAAACUGUGUUUGUGCAAGAGAGGAAUUAGCCCCUCACCAUGUGUAUAAGCCACACACCCCUCCUGUCCCGUCACUUGUGCCCUAGAAAGACUGAAUUGACUGUGCCCUGUUUUCCACUUUUCUUUUUUAAUAAGUCCUGGUUACAUGGAACAGUUUGUAGUUCAUAGGCCCACCCCCAAGCUGCAUUUGUAUACAUAUUUAUUUUACGAACAUUCUGUACAUCCCAUCCUGUUCGGGUCUAGCUUUUUAUUUUGUUAUUUUGAAAGAGCUAACGUUUAGAAGAUCUGCAACGUAAAUCCUCCAAAAGGCUUCUGAUGGUUUAUACGUUUAUAGUCCUUGGUGUAAGAGAGUUUUUUUCCAACUGCUUAUCAUGUAUAUGCAAAGUUUCUAAGGACUGUAUAUGAACCUUUAGUUCCAAAAAUGCUGCAGUUAUUGUCAAAAGAUUCAGCUAAGAGAGGGGGUCCUAUUGAUCACGGGCUCAGGUGAUGUUCUGGGUGGAUGUUUAUUAUUUAGAGGUACACCCAAAAAUGUUUCAUCUGCAGUGUGGAAGUAUGGGGUGGAGUGACAUUUAGCUAUAGUAAGUUUCUGUCUUCUUUUUUUUAUAUACUGCAUCAUUUCCACAAAAACUGAUUCUCAAAUAUAAUCAUUGAAAAAAGUGA